AUGACGGAGGACGGCGGCGCUAGGGUUUCUCCCGACGAAUCGCAACGAGGCGAAGUCUGUUCAUUCUCGAUUGGAAUUUGCGUCAUGAUCGAGAAUCGCGUGAUGAUCAAAAUUAGAUGUUUGGGAAGGAAGAGAAAAUGGGAUCAGCCGGCGGAGUCUCUGGCGUCGAUUGGGUUGGCAUUGCCUGGUGUUCUUCCAUUGGCCAACGUGGGAUUUCUUGCUGGGACUGCUGCUCCGAUGGUGGCGCCGGUCGCUGCUGGGCUCCUGAUGAAUUCGCUUCCGGCUAAUGGCGUGGCGACGUCCCAUCCGCUUCAGUCACCUGCGAUGAUGCAGCAGAGUGCUGCAGUCGUUCCCAAAUUGAAACCAAGUGAGCUGCUUUUUGAACAAAAGGUCCAAGAAGACUUGGUAAUUGCUCGGGAAAUUGUCAUAAAUGAUGCUGAAUCUGCUGUUCGGUACAAGCUCACAAAGCGUCAAACACAAGAAGAGAUUCAGAAAUGCACUGGAGCUGUGGUAACGACUAGGGGAAGAUACCGGCCACCAAAUGCCUUACCUGAUGGUGGAAAGCCAUUAUAUCUCCACAUUUCUGCUGGUGCACAUUUGAAAGAGACUGUUGAACGAAUUAUAGCUGUUGACCGUGCAGCCGCCAUGAUCGAAGAGAUGCUGAAACAGGGUCAGAAUCCGCAGCCUAUCUUCUAUACUGACAAGGGAGUAAAGGUUUCUCAAGCUUUAAGCACAUGCGUGUAUUUGGGGUUUGAUGCAGACCCAUCAUGGAACAUUGCUUCCCGCAUUCGUGGACCAAAUGACCAAUAUAUAAAUCACAUUAUGACUGAAACAGGAGCAACUGUCUUAGUAAGAGGGCAUGGUUCUGGGACUUCUGAGAGCUUGCAUGGAGAAGAAGGACAGCAGCCAUUGCAUUUAUUCUUAUCCAGUAACAAUGGAAAGAGCCUUGAAAGUGCAAAGAGUCUAGCUGAGAAUCUUCUGGAUACAAUCAGUUUAGAAUGCGGUGCCUCCAGGGUAUCGUCCUCUAAGGUGUAUGGUGCUGUUCCACCUCCUCAGCAGUUGGUGGGAUCAAACAGUUCUGGACGUGAGGUAACAGAAAGUACAAAUCCAGCCGCUGGUUUGACAUCUACUAGUAGCUUUACUACAUCUCCACCCCUUUCGUCACCGAUGGUCCCUGGGGUAAGUUCUGCUUUCACUCAAGGGGCAGUGUCAAUGUCCGGGGGAGUGCUAGGUUGCGUUCAGACUCCACCAAACAUGGUCCACCAUUCCCAGCCUCUGGUAACUGGUGGAACAAGAUAUAGUGGAUAUGAAGGAAUAUAUCCUCAAGCCACACCUUUGCAACAAGUCGCAUUGGUUCUUAAACAGUCAACUUCUGUCACUUCUUCUGUCGCCUCUGCACCCGCAUCAGCAACUGUGACGUCUGAGCUGAGUACUAAGCCUGAUUCUGAGAAAGAGAAAAGGCCUCCACCGAGGCGGAAGUUUCAGGAGUUGCCAGUUGGUAACAAAGAUCCAGCACCAAAUUAUCAGGAAUCAGUAUAUUUAAAGCCGAGAGAGCCAGGGUUAGACAUGAGCUCAAGAAAUAUAUCAACCAUGCCACCUCCAAAGAAGUUAAUACUGCCAUCAUCAAAUGCAAUGCCACCGCCUCCCCCAAAAAGCAUGCCCCCACCCCCUCCAAAAUUUACUGCAUCUAAAUCUAGUCCGGAAGUACAUGAUAAGGCUGGGAGUUUGGACAAAACGAGAUCUGAGAUUAUACCUGAGACUCUGGUCAAAUUGAUGGAAUAUGGGGAUGAAGAUGAUGACCUUGAUGAAAGCAGCGAAGAAUCACUCAGCAGCAAUUUGACUACAGUGACAACUCAAAAACCAUUUUGGGCAGUGUGAUUUGUUCAUCUUCAACAGUUAAAUGGAUGGAUUGACCAUGUUGCUACUCCAUGCGUAUCCUAUAACGGCAACCAGGUUGUGACAGAAGCUUUUUCUUUUUCAGCUGAUGGCAGUGGCCACUCGUUUUAGGAGGAACAGGAAUGUUGCCAGCUCUGACCCGAGUUGUGCUUGAUGCCAGUCAUCUUGGUGGCCGAGUUUUGUGACGCUAGAAAUGGUUUUGUUAGUUUUCAGCCGGCAUGGGAUUGUGACAUGUACAUUAGUUUCUAUGACUUGCUUGGCUUCCAGAAUUGGGGAUAUGGCUUCUUUAAUUGUCAUUCUUUCUGCUAAUAAUAUGAUUCGUGGUCCUUUGUUCAUCUUCA